AUGGCGUUCACCUUUGCUGCGUUUUGUUACAUGCUGACUCUCGUCCUCUGUGCCUCUCUCAUCUUCUUCAUCAUCUGGCAUAUCAUAGCUUUUGAUGAGCUUCGAACAGACUUUAAGAAUCCUAUAGAACAAGGAAAUCCUUCUAGAGCGAGAGAAAGGGUUAAAAACGUGGAGAGGAUUUGCUGUUUGCUAAGGAAGCUGGUGGUACCUGAGUACUGCAUCCAUGGACUCUUUUGCUUAAUGUUUAUGUGUGCUGCUGAGUGGGUUACUCUGGGUCUGAACAUACCUCUUCUAUUCUACCACCUCUGGAGGUACUUUCACCGACCAGCUGAUGGGUCAGAAGUCAUGUUUGACCCGGUAUCUAUCAUGAACGUGGAUAUCUUAAAUUAUUGUCAAAAGGAGGCGUGGUGCAAGUUGGCGUUUUAUCUGCUUUCGUUCUUCUAUUACCUAUACAGGGUGGGGGCCACUGUACGUUAUGUCAACGCCUAGGAUGCUGUGCCUCUGAUGACAGAGGAGAAGACUACAAUAAACUGAUGGAGAUGCUGCCGUCUGAUGGAGUGUAGACCCGCAGACCAUUGCGUCCUGCAUCUCCUACAAACCCCUCUCUUAUAUACUUUACUCUCUUC